GAAUUUUCGUUGUCAGUUAUUAGGGUUCUAUCCUCGAAUUUGGAUACAUUUUUACGCGGUUUGUGCUCAAUGUUCCAUUCCGGUGCACUCGGAUAUGAAAAUUCGAAGCAAAUCAUGACCGCAACCAAAAUAAUCAUGACCACUGAAUGCAAAAAACCUGAGGGAG